UCGUGGAGCGGCGCUGCCGGAAGUGGGGCCCGCCGGCUGUGGCGCGUGGCUGAGGCGGCUCGGGUCGCGCAGCUGAGUACGGGGGCCGGGCCGGGCCAUGGCGCUCUACAGCGCGGCCGCCUCUGUCCUGGCGGGGCUGCAGCGCCGGGAGGGCGCCCUCAAGACUCUGGUGUACAAGAGCCGCUUCCAGAACGUGAAGCAGCUCUAUGCCCUGGUGUCCGAGACCCUGCGCUACUCGCUGGUGCUGGACUCCAUCAUGGCCGGGGCUGCCCUGCUGAAGGCUGAGAAGAAGCUGCCUCCCCACUUGGCCAAGGUGCUGGUGUAUGACCUGCUCUUUGGCAAGGGUCUGAAGUGCGGGGGCCGCUGGAAGGUGCUGGUGCUGAAGCACAGGGCCCGGCUGCAGGCAGAACUGGCCCGUCUCAAGGUGCGCAGGAAGGUGAGCUGCAACGAGGAUCUGCUGGCGCCCACAGAUGGGAUGAUCCAAGCCCCUCAAGUGCCACGGUAUGUCCGAGUGAACACCCUGAAAACUUGCAAGGAUGAUGUGGUUGACUACUUCAAACGCCAGGGCUACUCCUACUUGGGCAGGGCAGCCAGAAUGGAGGAGCUGAGCUCCCUCUCAGGGAAGCAAUUCCUCCUGGAUCCCCACCUGCCGGAGCUGCUUGUCUUCCCGCCACAGACAGACUUCCAUGAGAACCGGCUGUACGUCGCAGGGCAUAUCAUACUGCAGGACAAGGCCAGCUGCCUUCCUGCCUUCCUUCUGAGUCCCCCCUCAGAGGCCCAUGUAAUCGAUGCCUGUGCUGCCCCCGGGAACAAGACCAGCCACAUGGCCGCCAUCCUGAAGAACAAGGGGCAGAUCUUCGCCUUUGACCUGGACCCCAACCGCUUGGCCACCAUGAGCACCAUGCUGGUGCAGGCUGGGGUUAGCUGUUGUGAACUGGCCAAUCAGGACUUCCUGACAAUUGACCCCAGUGACCCCAAGUACAACAAUGUGACCUACAUUCUCCUGGACCCCUCAUGCAGCGGCUCAGGAAUGGUGAACCGGCUGCCAGCUGAGGAGAGUGCCCCCAGCUCGGAGCGGCUGCGGGCGCUGGCUGGGUUCCAGCGCAAAGCCCUGAGCCAUGCCCUGCGCUUCCCUGCCCUCCAGCGCCUGGCUUACUCCACCUGCUCGGUGCAGCAGGAGGAGAACGAGGAUGUGGUGUGGGAUGUGCUCCAGGAACAUGGCACAGCAUUCAGGUUGGUAAACGUGCUGCCUUCCUGGCCCCAUCGAGGCCUCGCCACCUUCCCAGGUGCGGAGUGCUGCCUCCGAGCCUGCCCCACAGCGACGCUGACAAACGGCUUCUUUGUUGCCGUGCUGGAGAGGCAGCAGGAAUGCAACAGCCAGGUCUCCUCCAGCUCCCUUCUUGCCGAGGUGGACGGUGGAGCAGAGAGAUCCCAGGAUGGAGAGGGAAGGGGCCCUCUCGCCGCCCGCAAGAAGAGGCGGAAGAAGAGCCAGUGUGUGAAAUGAGGACUCUUGACAGGAGCAGCGGUGGCCCUGUGGUGGCAGCCUUAGAGCCAGGCUUCUGCCAGCCGCCUGCCUAUCCUGCUGGCAGAACUCGGAGCCCUGAGGCUGGAGCCCCUUGCUGCGUCAGCCCUGUGCUGCUGGCAAGCUUUCCCUCCAUGGGGCUGGUCCGAACAGAUGUUUUUGCUGUCGAAGGGGGUUGUCUAAGCCGCUGCCAGUCCAGCCGCUGGGGGUGCUGUGGCCCCAGCCUGGGUCAGGGUGGGAGUAAAGCUUUCCAACCCCUUUCAGGUUUUGUCUUGAGUAAGUUUCUCUGAGCCCCAGUCUGUAGAAAUGCUGCUGCAGUGCGGGCCCCAGGGACACCACCUGCGCAUGGGCUCAGACUCCAACCUGCGCUCUUGAUGGGCUCUUCUAUGAGAGUAAGAUACAAACCAAGAGCUCGCCGAUGACUCCACUCAAUGCAAUCCGUCAGCUCCCCUUCGCAAGCAGGUGUCUUGGCCAGCAGACAGGCGUGGGCCAGGUUAUGUUGUUGUAUGGUCCUUCCUGUCUCUCAAUCCAGAACUGCUUUCUGGCCUCCCUGACUUUUGCUCCUGGGAGGGGUUGAGCAUCAACUUUGUCUGACUCUUGCUGGUCUCUUCUGUCGCUGGAGGCCAGCCAAGCCUUUAGGUGAGAGCUUGGCAGCUUUGGAGGGGGAGAAAAGGGACACUGGCUGCACAUGGGAAGCAGCACUGCAGUGGGUUGGGGUGAGGAAGAACAGCUGUGGCUAGAGCAGCUGAACUCAAGGGGGCAGAUCUGUGGCUGUUUUCAUAAGCCUUUCUCUGUGAGCCAUGAGCGCUGCUGCCUGUUGUUAGCAGCCAGCCCCAGGACAGCCUUGGGAGGAGGAAUUUCAACUGCCAAAUGACCACCCUCAGUGCUUGCUCUUCCCUGCCCUAUGCCUGUGUCGAGUUCUGUCAGGGCUGUGCACUGGGCUACCUCCUGUCACCACCCACAGCUUCACCCCUCCUGCACUCUCCCUGCAUGUGAGCACAACGCAGCCCUCCCUUGGGUAUAGCAGGGCAGCGCCUGGAGAGAGAAGUACAGGUUACAGUGAUGAAAUGGGGAAGAAUCCUGGGUUACUGGCUAAGCCCUAGCCCACCAGAACCCACUGAGAGUUCAAGGCGGCCAGUAAAUCCAGACAGGAGCUCCUGAGCCGGUGUGUUUAGCUUGGACAAUGAAAUCUGCUCCCUUAUAAGCACUGCCACUGUUCCAGUGCCGGGGGCUCUAGGCUCUCCCCCUCGCUGAGGAGCACAGCCAGCUAUUUCGGUGCUCGUGUUCCAUGGGCCAUGAGUUUGCUCACCGGGCUGAAAUAAGCUCAGUGAGGAAUUUGCAUUCUUUCUACCUGCAGCCGUUGGGCCUGCUGAGUAAAAGGACUGCAGAACUCUGGAAACCAAGGCACCCUGCAGAGAGGCUGAAACGUCAAGCCCUGGUUUUCACAAGUGACCAGUGUACUUGGGUGUUUCGCUUGAUACCUUAGAGGGGCCUGAUUUUCAACAUGGCUCACAUGAUCCUUGAAAUGACGACUCACAUAGGGGCUGCUGUGACUGAAGUGGAGAUACCGAAGCCAGCACUGCCAUUGAUGGCUGAGUUCAGUACUUCACACAAAUGCUCUUGGUUCUCCAGCAGGUAUCUAAGGGUAGGCCCCAGCUCAAAACACCAGCCUUCGCUUCUGGCUUCCGGCUUCCUUUUUCUUCCCGUCUCCCAUUUGAAGGGACCAUUCUAUUAAAAAUGACCAAUUCAAAAAGAUUUCUUUCCUCACAAUUUGUACCUAAGCUGUGAACUCAGUCCCAAGGGAUGAAAUGUGGCCACAAAUUUAGUAAAAUUAAAAGGCAGGGGACAUUUAACAAGACUAUCCAAAGUUAUAAUUAGGAAGGCCAAAAAAGAAUUUAAAGCACAGCUAGCCCAAAGCCUCAAAAAGUAAGAGCAAAAAGAUUUUUAAGUACACCAGAAGCAGGAAGCCUGCUAAACAACCAGUGGGGCCAUUGGACGAUUGAGCUGCUAACGAGCACUCGAGGUUGAUACGGCCGUAGCAGAGAAGCUACAUGAAUUUUUUGCAUCGUUCUUCACGGCUGAGGAUGUGAGGUAGAUUGACACCUGAGCCAUUUUCUUUAGGUGACAAAGCUGAGGAACUGUCCCAGAUUGAGGUGUCAUUAGAGGAGGUUUGGGAACAAAUUUACUAUUUAAUUUAUCAUAAGUCACCAGGACCAGAUGGCAUUCCGCCAAGACUUCUGAAGGAACUCAAAGGUGAAAGUGCAGAACUACUAACUGUGGUUUGUAACCUGUCAUUUAAAUCAGUUUCUGUACCAAAUGCCUGGAGGAUAGCUAAUGUGAUGCCAAUUUUUAAAAAAGGCUCCAGAGGCUGGUAAGCCUCACUUCAGUACCAGGCAAACUCGCUGAAACUAUAGUAAAGAACAGAAUUGUCAGACUCAGAGAUGAAUGUAAUUUGUUGGGGAAGAGUCAACAUGGUUUUAAGAAAAGGAGGACUUAUGGCACCUUAGAGACUUUAUUAGAGCAUAAGCUUUUGUGAGCUAUAGCUCACUUCAUCGGAUGCAUGUUUUUAGUAAUGGUUUUAGUAAAGGGAAAUCAUGCCGCA